AUGAGGCUCUCGGCGUCCAUCACGCUGGCUGCGGCCAUAAAAGCAUCUGCCAUCUUCAGCAUCCCCUCGUUUGAGCAGUUCGCCAUCGACUCUGGCCUGGCUCUUUCUGGGUUGAACGGCAUCGCCCUGCUGAACUCGGCCACAAAGUACGGCGGAUCAUGCAAUGUCGGCAAUGUCAAGAUCCGCCGGGAAUGGAGAACUCUCCCCAAAGCCCAGCGCAAGAGCUACAUCCAGGCCGUCCAGUGCGUCCAGAACACACCCAGCAUUUUGAAUCCAGGCGUACCAGGGUCGAAGUCUCUUUUUGACGACUUCGUGUUUGUACAUCUGCUGCAGACGACCACCAUUCAUUUCACCGGUAAUUUUCUCAUCUGGCAUCGCUGGUACAUCCAUCAGUAUGAGCUGAAGCUCAAUGCCUGUGGCUACAAUGGUGCUCUCCCUUACUGGGAUUGGGGCUUCGACGUCGACAACCCGCGCGCCUCUCCCGUUUUCGACGGUUCAGAUACCUCAAUGGGCAGCGACGGUGAGUUCGUCCCGGGCGGGCCUCUUGAGAUCCUCAUUCCCGGGACUGCCGAGCCGAUCGUGCUUGCCAAGGGCACUGGAGGCGGCUGCGUUUUCUCCGGGCCUUUCAAAAACAUGACGGUCCACCUGGGCCCCAUCACGCAGCCGGAUCCCACGCAGGACAACCCCCGCUGCCUGAAGCGUGACCUCAACGCCGAUGCCGGCAAGAGGUUCGCCAGCUUCCGCAACACGACCGACCUGAUUGUCAACUCGCCGAACAUUGAGAUCUUCCGGACUACGAUGGAGGCCGACCCCGGCUACAUCCCCAACUCGCUCGGGGUCCACGGUGGCGGCCACUUCAUCAUCAGUGGCGACCCCGGCUCUGACGCCUUCAUCUCGCCCGGUGAUCCAGCCUUCUACCUCCACCACGCCCAGAUCGACCGGGUUUACUGGAUUUGGCAGAUGCUCGACCUUGAGAACCGUCAGGGUGUAUUUGGAACCAACACGUUGCUCAAUAUGCCGCCAAGCGCCAACACCACGGUCGAGGAUCUCAUCGACCUGAGCCCAAUAGCCGGGCCAGUCAAGAUCAAGACCCUUAUGAACACGGUUGGCGGCACACCGCUCUGCUACGUUUACCUUUGA